AUGGUUUCCGCAGAGUCAGAGUUUGAGCACCCCCAAGGCGGCGCGCUGCAGACGGCAAAGGAUCUCUUCUCCGGAGCUGUUGGAGGAAUUGCCCAAGUUCUGAUCGGCCAGCCCUUCGACAUUGUCAAAGUCCGCCUGCAGACGUCGAACCAAUACUCGGGCGCCGUCGAAGCCGCCGCCUCCAUAUACAAGAAUGAGGGCGCCCUGGCCUUUUACAAGGGCACGCUGACGCCCCUCAUCGGCAUCGGCGCCUGCGUCUCCGUGCAGUUCGGCGCCUUCCACGCCGCGCGGCGGUGGCUCGAGGCUCGCAAUGCCAGCCGGGGCCAGGCCUCUUCGGACCUGACCUACGGGCAAUACUUCGCGGCCGGCGCCUUCGCCGGCGUCGCCAACGCGCCGCUGUCGGGCCCCAUCGAGCACAUCCGCAUCCGCCUGCAGAGCCAGCCGCACGGCGAGGGCCGGCUGUACAACGGGCCCCUGGAUUGCAUCCGCAAGGUCAGCGCCCAGAGCGGCGGCGCCCUGCGCGGGCUGUACCGCGGCGAGGUCGUGACCGUCUGGCGCGAGGCCUUUGCCUACGGCGCCUGGUUCACCGCCUUCGAGUACCUCAUGAACGCCGACGCCGCGCGCAACGGCAUCGACCGCAAGGAGAUCCCGAGCUACAAGAUCGCCCUCUACGGCGGCCUCGCCGGCGAGGCCCUCUGGCUCGCCAGCUACCCCUUCGACGUCGUCAAGAGCAAGAUGCAGACCGACGGCUUCGGCGCCCAGCAAAAGUACCCGAGCAUGCGCGCCUGCUUCGCCGCCACCUGGCGCGCCGACGGCGCCAGGGGCUUCUGGAAGGGCAUUGGGCCGACGCUGCUGAGGGCCAUGCCCGUGAGCGCGGGCACGUUUGCCGUGGUGGAGAUGACCAUGAGGGCUAUCAACUAA